GUCUGUGUGUGAGUGAAGGAAUGCAAUGGGUCACUACACAGAGACAAAACCCACGCAGGUGUCAUUAAAACGGAAAUGAAUGUAUCUUAUUGACAUCGGCACUUUGAGGUGAAAAUGGGAUGCAACAGCUCGUCAAACACCGCGGUCCGACCGCUGAGACCGGAAGAGAAAGGAGACGAGGAUGAAGCAGGAAGUAAAGUGGAUGGUCGUGGAGACUCCGCCGUGUCAAAGGUCACCACAGACAGCGGGGUGGUGAUGGACAACAGGGACAUCGCUGUGCUACCUGGGGCGGUGCUCAGAAACCUCACUCCUCUUUCCUCCGAGGAUGUCGGAGAAGGCGACGCGGACGGAAUUACAGAAGAAGGAAUAACACAGCAGGAGAGCACACUGCAGGAGAGGCCAAAGACACGAGAGAUCCUGGAGGAGUUGCUGAACCAAGGCAUCAUACCACUGGGACAUGCCAGGGCCCAUGAGGCCUAUAGCAUCGUGCUUGACGACGGGCAGGGGGUCAGGCGAAAGCCGCCCGUCAGACUGGAGUCCCUGAAGGCCAGGAAGGCUCAAAGUGUCACCAACAUAGACGACAUUGAGGAGAAGAUACGACUGGCUGGGGAAAGACGCACGUUAGAGCAAGACAAGCUCAAGAUGCGUUUGAGGAUGAGGUCGGCCCAUGUCCGGAGCCACGCUCCCACCUCCAGCACAGAGGAGGACGAGGAAACAGACCUCACUCCUGUGGAGCCACUACAGUUACCUCCCACCCCGAACCCACUUGUUCCCCACAGCCAGAUAACACGGGAGGAGGCCGAAGGUGGGGAGUGGGUGAGAGAGGCUGUAGGAGACGGCAGAGAGGACAUCAAUACAGCUGUACAAAAAGGAGGGAGGAGAGGGAAGGGAGGUGAAGGGGGUGAGACGGCAGGGCAGGGGGUCAGUGAGGAUGGUGACAGGAAAGGGGAGGAUGAGGUCUCCCAGGUGGAGGAGCUCACACAGGACAGUCUCUUCAGAGGAUCGGAGAUUGAGUCUUUCAGCAUGUAGAAGACAAAGAGAUGUUUCAUUAAUCACCCAAAUGAGCCGUGAAUCAGGAGCCAAAAAUGAUUCCUUUUGCACAGAAGAAAUGUUGAAAAAUCAUAGAAAGAUUUAUAGAGUAAAUUGUAUUUUAAUAAAUUUAUUUGAAAUAAGCUGUGAAUGGCUAUGGUUGAAACUAGGCUAAUGUAGAUAUAAAUUGUUUGUGUUUUAAUGAAAUAAGCACAUCUUGUUCUUCAGGGAACAGCGUUGUAGCUCAGAAAUAAAGCACAAAGGAAUAUGAGGGGUUUCUUUACAAAUUAUUAUAAUGUACCUCAGUGAAGCUUUAUUAAAUAUUACCACGACUUCUUGCCAACGUACCAAAUAGAUUUAGUUUUACUUUAAUUUGUGAAGUAUGAUACUUUUUAACCUCCUUUGGCAUGUGAAGGUUGUACCUGUUCUGAUGGACAGAAGAUGGCGCUGUUUCAGUGGUUUAAAGUCACAUCACUGCUCCCUGAAGUCAGUGCACCUCAUCCAAUAAAUUAAUUAUUAGCACGAGGUUUUGGCUACAUGUGGAAUAUAAAUAUGUAAAGUGAAAUUGUCAUUGAGCAAUAAAGUUGAAUGCAUCCAUUUUA